AUGGCUUCCGAUUCCGGCUUCACCCUCACCGUCCUGGGCUGCGGCACCAUGGGCAUUGCCAUUGCCAACGGCGUUCUCACCUCGCUGGCGGCGGGCGUUGCGCCCGCCGCCGACGUCCCCGCCUCGCUGCCCUCCAAGUUCAUCGCCUGCGUGCGCAGCUCGCAGAGCGCGGCGCGCGUCACAACCGCGCUCAGCGCCCACGCGGCGCGCGUCGAGGUCGUGCGCAACGACAACGUCGCCGCCGUGAAGAAGGCCCGCGUCGUCCUGCUGGCCUGCAAGCCGUACAUGGUGCGGGACGUGCUGGGGGCGCCGGGCAUGGCCGCCGCGCUCGCCGGCAAGCUGCUCGUCUCCGUGUGCGCGGGCAUCACCGCCGAAGCCAUGGAGGCGGCCAUUUACGACCAUGCGGGGCAGGAGGAGGUUGCCAAGGACGCGACGCGCUGCCGCUGCAUCCGCGCCAUGUGCAACACGGCCGCGCUGAUCCGCGAGUCCAUGACCGUCAUUGGCAUCUCGACGCCGCCGCUCGCCGACGAGGACAAUGCGCUCAUCACCUGGAUCUUCAAGCAGAUUGGCGACGUCGUCUUCCUGCCCGCCAGCAACAUGGACGCCUCGACGGCGCUGGCUGGUUCCGGCCCCGCCAUGUUCCUCCUCAUGCUCGAGGCCGCCACCGACGGCGCUGUUGCCAUGGGCAUUCCGCGCGCCGAGGCCCGCCGCAUGGCUGCCCAGACGAUGAGGGGCGCCACCGGCCUGGUCCAGAGCGGUGAGCACCCUGCCGUGCUUCGCGAGAACGUCUGCACACCCGGCGGUUGCACCAUCGGCGGUCUGCUCGUCCUCGAAGACGGCGGCGCUCGGGGUACCAUCGCCCGCGCCAUCAGAGAGGCUACUGUUGUUGCCAGCCAGCUUGGCAAGGGCGUGCAAAACGUCAACGGUACUCGUCCGUACCUGCAGUAA